GACUGUGUUCCCCAGCCAAGUAUAGGUCACAACUGUGACAGGCUCUGACCACAGUUAAAAGCAGUCUCUGUCCCAAAGAGUUUGCAGUUAGUUGUCAAGAAGAUGCUUUUAUCAGAUUGUUCUCAGAUUAUGAGAGAGGCUGAUCUAAUGCCAUACCAAAAUUUCGUGUCCAAGAAAGGUGAGAACUGAACUGCCAUUUUUAAUUUAAAACCUUUGUAGUAAUCAAGACAUCCAUUUCCCUCACACGGGGGUAACAAAGCCUCAGCGUUUGCAUACAAUUGUCUCUAUGGGGCCGGUACUGUGCAAGAGCUGAACACGGUGGGUUUGUACUCUGAACUCUGUGCGUGCCUGCACAACUUUGCUGGGCCAGUCACUGCAGUGAAACUAGAGCGAGGAAUCCACAGCCCCGCGACCCGUAACCACCCCGAAGGAAAGCGCUUCAAGGCUUUCAUGGCCAAAGACGGGAAGUGACUUUGUGCGACUCGUCCUGCUGACACAAAAGAGACCCGCAAGUAUCGGCCGGCCCAACUGCUGCGGUUCUGGAGAAUGGCUGACUGGGCCCCCAUAGCGAAGGAGUACGACCCGCUCAAGGCUGGCAGCAUCGAUGGCACGGACGAGGAGCCCCACGACCGGGCCAUAUGGCGGGCCAUGCUGGCACGGUACGUACCCAACAAGGGCGUCACGGGAGAUCCUCACCUCACCCUCUUCGUGGCGAGGCUCAAUCUUCAGACCACAGAAGAGAAGUUAAAGGAGGUUUUUUCCCGCUACGGAGACAUCCGGAAGAUCCGUCUGGUUCGAGACCUGGUCACGGGGUUUUCCAAGGGUUACGCGUUUAUCGAGUACAAGGAGGAGCGCGCACUCCUGAAGGCUCACAGAGAUGCCAACAGGCUGGUCAUCGACCAGCAUGAGAUCUUCGUAGACUUUGAACUGGAAAGAACUCUCAAAGGAUGGAUUCCCCGGAGGCUUGGGGGUGGGUUUGGAGGCAAAAAAGAGUCUGGGCAGCUGCGGUUCGGAGGACGGGACAGACCUUUUCGAAAGCCCAUCAAUUUGCCAAACAUGAAAAAUGAUUUCUAUGGGGAAGGAUCAUCAGAGAAAAGAAACUGGUCUCGUGAGGGAGCAAGGGACUGGAGAACAAGGGAUCGGGACCACGAGAGGAGCAGGGACAAACGCUGGCCAGAAAGGGAGAGGUCGUGGGCUUGGGGUGACAGUGAGAGAGACAGGGACUCCAAAGAGGAGAGGAGCAGGGGGAGGGAGAGGAAGGACAGAGACAGGAAGGACAGGGAUAGAGACCGGAGCAGGGACAGAGAUAGCAAGAAGCAAAGAGAUGAUGAGAAGCACCGCUAGGUGACUGUGCCUUGUCCUUGGGGUGUGACCUGCCCUUAGAGCAGCUCGGGGCUGUGACAGCAAUCCCAAAACAAGCUGUGGUGUUGCCACCUUGUACCUGUGACUCUGCUGCCAGCAGCUCUCUGUAGUUCGGUUCCUAAUGCAGUUCAGAUGUCUGUUGUAUUGUUCUUUAGAGAAAAUAAACUUUUCUAUUAAUGUUUUUGAACUGGUGAGUGCUGUAAGAAAUGCACCAUGUGUUCAGGCAUCCCACUGAGCUGAGCACACACCUUGUCUUGCCUGGGUGAGGAGUUAUCUGUGGGCCAGGUGUCCUCUUGUUUGUUAUGAAACAAUCCCAUGCUGGAGACACAGGAAUGGAACAGCAACAAACUGAAACUUCUGUGCCCCAAACCAGAAGCUGAUGGCUUCAUUUUUGUGAAGACACUGGGACAGGCAAGACAUUUAUUGAUACUGUGUCCUUGACUAGUUCUGCCAGAUGAGAGAGAAAUGUGGAACCAAUCCACUGUCUGUGACACGGGAGGAUGAAACUCCUUUGUACAGAGGAAUGUGCACCACAGGGCAGUAAGCACAUCAGAAAAUGCCUCAUGUUCCUGAUGAAUCCAUGGACACUCACUACAGGAGGGUCAUGGUUGUAGCUGCACCCACUCUGUCCUCACCCUUCUACACAGGGUUUAAAUCCUUUCUGGAAACUGGCUUUGCUGCUGGUUGUAGCUGAAUUGGGGAAAACAGAGGGCAAAACAUUUUUUCAGGGCUAGGAUAUGUAAAUACAGACACAUCUCUUCCAUUAAGGAGUUUACAGGGCUUUCUAGAAAAGGCUCUGUCAUGUUCUUUGUCAUCAUAAGCCAUUCCUAAAUAUAUAAUGUAUUUUAAAUUGUAUUUCAUCCGUCUUGGAAUGGCUCUGUCCUAAACCUUGUCUGGUUUGAGGCUGUAUUUCCAUGAAGAGUUGUACACACAUGGAUCCACAGGCUGU